AUGUCAAAAGCAACCUUGGCCGUCAUCGCGGCCGCCAGUGCAGCCACCGGCGCCGGAGUGACUGCGUUGCUGUACUCCUCCAAAUCCCAGAACCAACAACAGCAGCACCAACCCCAGCAACAAGUCCCCCCUCCCCCUUCAAUCGCCGGCUCUGUCAAAGUCCCCACCUCUAUCCCAACCCCUCCUCUCGCCGCAAAGACCAGCACCGGCGGCGGCCCCGUCAACCCAGCCGGCAUCCUGCAAUACGGCUUUCCCGGCCCCAUCGCCGACGAACUCUCCACGCUCCCUCUGCACGGCGCCUAUGACCGCCGCACCCGCAACCCAGCCUGGGUCGCCGAGCACAUCACCCCGCAAUCAUUGGCCCUGAACAACGCAGACCGCAAGCACAGCACCUUCGCCGAGGAUACCUCCAUCCCGGCCCUGUUCCGCGCCAAACUGGCCGAUUACUUCCGCUCCGGCUAUGACCGCGGCCACCAGGUGCCCGCCGCAGACGCGAAGUGGUCGCAGGGCGCUAUGGACGAUACCUUUUACCUGAGCAAUAUGUGUCCGCAGGUUGGCGAGGGUUUCAACCGUGACUAUUGGGCGCAUUUCGAGGACUUUUGCCGCAAGCUGGCGUCGCGGUAUCCCUCUGUGCGUGUUGUGACGGGGCCCUUGUAUUUGCCCCAUCGUGAUCCGGAUGGGAAGUGGCGUGUUAACUAUGAGGUUAUUGGGAACCCGCCUAAUGUGGCGGUGCCCACGCACUUUUAUAAGGUGAUUUAUGCUGAGGAUGGGACUGAGUCGCCUACUAGCAAGGUUGCGCUGGGUGCGUUUGUCUUGCCCAAUGCGCGCAUCCCGAAUGAGAAGAGUCUGUCGGACUUUGAGGUUCCCCUUGAGGCUGUUGAGCGCGCGUCUGGUUUGGAGUUUGCGGCCAAGUUGGAUCCUAGCCGUCGUCGCAGAUUGUGCCAGGAGAUCAAGUGUGAGAUUACGGUGCGCGAGUUCAACAAUGCCCGGAAGCGCAAUUAG